GCCAACCCCAUCUAUUUGCGUACUUUUGCUGACCCUCUCACAUGGCUUCCAACCUCAAGCUUCGCAUUGGUGUUUUAGCUGCUCGACAACUCGCCGCCGCGGAUAAAUCGGGCCUCUCAGAUCCUUACGCCGUCGUACGUAUCAAUAGCAAGAAAUACAAGACCAAGGUGAUUGAUCAAACGUUGGAUCCUGUAUGGAAUUUUGAAUUCGAUGUACCCUUGGAACCGGGCAAACUGCCCACGCUUAUCAACAUCACCGUAUGGGAUAAAGAUACGUUUGGACGAGAUUUUCUCGGAGAAGUCAGCAUUCCUUUCAAAAACAUAUUUGACCGCAACGCGGGAGGAUUAUCCGAUGGCGUAGCGAGACAUUACUCGGAUGAAGCCAACCAAACGGCGUGGUACACACUCAAUAAAAGAACAGAAAAAAAUAAUGUCUCGGGAGAAGUGGCCAUCAAAUUCGGUUUCAUGGAAGGUUACAUUCGACAGUAUGAAGAAUACGACCGAGUUUGGCAAGAGUUAAUCGGCUGAGCGGUUCAUGGAGUCGCAUGCAUCUGCAUAACCAAAUAUGGAAAGAUGGCAUUGUCUUAUUCAUCGCUAUAAACAUCGAACAAAAGACAAAAGGCAUACGAUAUAAACGCUAUGGAAUGAGCGAUUCAAUUGGAAUAAUAAUAAAAAGCUAU